AUGGAGCAGUCCAAGAGGAUCUCGAACGAGAAUGUUAUGAGAGAAGUUGGAGUUGCCGGGAAGAUGUGUAUUGAUCCAGCAUUGUUGAAUUCAGAUUUGACUAGGCCAUUAGCAGCAAAGUUCGCUUCACACUUGAUCAAAUUAAACUCAAGUGUGGGAAAAUCUACUCUUUUCAACACGCUUACUAAGCUUUCAAUUCCUGCUGAGAACUUCCCCUUUUGUACAAUCGAGCCUAAUGAAGCCCGAGUUAAUGUCCCCGACGAGCGAUUCGAAUGGCUUUGCCAAUUGUUCAAACCCAAAAGUGAGGUUUCAGCUUUCUUAGAAAUUCAUGAUAUUGCUGGACUGUUUAGAGGUGCCCAUGAAGGCCAAGGAUUGGGCAACAACUUCUUGUCUCAUAUCCGUGCAGUUGAUGGCAUUUUUCAUGUUUUACGUGCAUUUGAAGAUUCAGAUAUCAUCCAUGUUGACGAUUCUGUUGAUCCUGUAAGAGAUUUAGAGACUAUUAGUGCCGAGUUACGGUUAAAGGAUGUUGAAUUUAUGGAAAGGAAGAUAGAAGAUCUUGAGAAGAGCAUGAAAAGGAGUAAUGACAAGCAAUUAAAAAUAGAGCUUGAAGUGUGUCAAAUGGUUAAGGCAUGGAUCGAAGAAGGAAAAGAUGUUCGUCUAGGGGACUGGAAAGCGGCUGAUAUUGAGAUAUUGAAUACUUUUCAAUUGCUUAGUGCCAAGCCAGUUGUUUAUUUGGUGAACAUGACUGAGAAAGAUUACCAAAGAAAAAAGAACAAGUUCUUACCGAAGAUUCAUGCUUGGGUUCAAGAACAUGGUGGUGAACCUAUCAUUCCUUUUAGCGGCGUGUUUGAGAGAAACCUUACUGAUAUGGAACCUGCAGAAGCUGCAAAAUAUUGCAAGGAAAACAAGGUGCAAAGUGCUCUUCCAAAGAUCAUCAAGACUGGUUUCUCGGCUAUUAAUCUCAUAUAUUUCUUCACAGCAGGACCAGAUGAGGUGAAAUGCUGGCAAAUUAGACGGCAAUCCAAGGCUCCUCAAGCUGCAGGAGCCAUUCAUACAGAUUUUGAGAGAGGAUUUAUAUGUGCUGAGGUCAUGAAAUUUGAAGAUCUGAAGGAGCUUGGAAGUGAGGCAGCUGUUAAGGCUGCUGGAAAAUAUAGGCAGGAAGGGAAAACUUACGUGGUCCAAGAUGGAGACAUAAUAUUUUUCAAGUUCAAUGUUUCUGGAGGUGGGAAGAAGUGAAGCAAAGACU